GCGCACUCAAUGACAUUAAAGCGCAACGCCUGGAGGGGGCCAUAGCCGACUAGCUUUUGGCCCAUCCAGUAAUAUUAGACAUUAGUUGACUGUUUGGCUGGAAAGAAAGUGAAGGAAAAUAAAGUCAAAUUUAACCUGAAAAACAGUCUGUUCGAGUGACUCUGAAAAGGACAAAAGACAAAAAAGGGAAGGAUGGCAAGGGCAGGAGGGAUUACAAAUGCGGUGAAUGUUGGGAUAGCAGUGCAAGCUGAUUGGGAGAACCGCGAGUUCAUCUCUCACAUUUCGCUCAAUGUUCGACGCCUCUUUGAUUUCCUUGUCCAAUUCGAGGCUACAACGAAGAGCAAACUCGCAUCGUUGAAUGAGAAGCUUGACACACUCGAGCGGCGUCUUGAACUUCUUGAGGCCCAAGUGGGUACUGCAUCAGCCAAUCAGUCUCUUUUCGCUACAUGAUGUCUGUUGUUGUUGCUGCUGCGAUAUGCCUCUUCUGUAAGAAUAAUAUUGUCUUGAUUGUGAACGUGAACAAAUAUCUUGUAUUAUCUCUGUUUGAAGCUAAUAUACUCGAGCGUUUUCAUGCUU